GGGCUCGAAAUUUUCCGGGGCUUUCGAGAAACGGGCCCUAGGAACGGGAAUGUUUCAUGUUAACUCUUGUCCUUAGGCCAUCGUAGCUUGAUUAAGAAUAUAACUCAAACAGUGGUAUCACUCCCACGACCUCCCUCCCCCCUCUUUUGAAACACGAACGGCUUAGUUUUAAACUAGUGCUCAACGAGCGAAAAUGAAAUGGCGGUGUCUUCAUCCCUUGAAUAUGGAAAAAAUUUCUCCUCCUUUGAGCUUCUUUCCAAUGUGAAACUCGUUAACAUGACUUACACGACAUUUUCAAUUCGUUUAUGUUUUUGUCAUAAACACCACCUCCACCGACAGUUGAACUCUCCACCCGGAGUGAUUGGGGGCUCUGGGUAUGAGAUCUUUGUGCAAAGUCACGUGACUUCACUGUAUGCACGUGAUGCACGCUGGAAUUUCCCGCGAGGGUUUAAAAACAUGGCGGACAAUGAAGGUGACGAGAAUUUCGUGGUGCAACAAACAGCAACGGUUCUCUUCAACGGUGAAACGUCCAAGAGUGAAUUCUGCUACGACGAAAAUACUCCUCUUAGUCCCGGAGAAGUUUGCAUGAUGAGAAAUCACCCUAAAGUAGCCUCUGUACUGUUUUCUCCUUCCCGAACAACGCGAGGCGGUGAAGGAAAACUUAAACCAAAGUCUUUCUCGACGAACUUGUAUGCGUCCCCCACAAGGAAAACGAAACCAAACGUUGUCGACAAGGAGAAGAGAAAGACCCUUCAAGUUCUUCAACCUACGGCAAGCGGAGAUGGAACACUUGUUGGAAGCCGUGGCGUAGUAAGACGCCAGGAAAUGAAAUCAAAGAAAAGCAAGUCACCUACCUUGAAACUCAAGCAACAGAAGCUCAAAAUUCCUUCAACAUCCAGUGGAAAUUCUUCAUCCACAACAUGCACAGAUUCCUCAGAUUCAGAUACAGCUUUAAGCUUAGCCAAAAAGAAUACAAAAUCAUUGCAGAAUGAGGUGAUUGAUGAAGCAGUAGCUUUAAUGGUUUCAGAUCCACCACCAGAGAGAUAUUGGGAGCUACUGGCAGAGGAGAGGAGGCUGGCUUUGCAAGAGGCAUUGGAGGAAAAUGAGAAGUUGCAUAAGGAGUUGGAAGAGCUCCGAGAAAGAAACAAAACCCUGGAAGAAGUUGCUGGCCAAGCUGAGUACUUUGCCUCUCUUUAUCAGAUGGUCAUGGAAGGUGAAGUUCCUGACACAGAAUCCAGUGAUGCUGCUGAAGAGGAAAACGUGACAGCCAGCCUUCAACCUGAGUGAAUAGAGAAUUCUGUGAAUUGACAGGUCAUUCUUGUCAGAGUUCCAGAAUCUGUUAACUACUUUUAACACGUAAAUGUAAUUAUUUUAAAGAAUAAUUUAUGAAAAUUUAGUUUGCUGAUAUGUUUAAAUGCUUCAUUUUUCAUCCGGCCAUAAUUUAAUUUGCAGCCAAGCGUUAACUUACAAUAUACAGUACAUAUACUUAAUUACAUUUAAGUACUCUUAAAAUCUGCACCCCACAGUUCCAUGUUAAUUUGGAGAAUUUUUUAAAUCAUAAUAUUUUGUAUGGCUUCAAGCAGUGUUGUUUGGCCUGUUUUAUUUUUAAUUAAUUGUACUGUCAUAUCAGACAGAAAUCCCAAUAAUUAAGCAUCUAGUAACUGUUGUGCAACUGUAUAUUUGUCCUGUGGCCAAGAGAAUUCACUUUCUUGUCAUUUUAACAGAUGAAAAGAAUGCUUCAUUUCAUUUGUAAAAUUUGUUUAAACCUCUGUUUGCUAUCUGUAUGGAUUCUUAAAGUGAAUUACUAUUUAGAAACAUCAGACUUUUGAGUGGAAAGCAUUUGAAAACUGGGUUGAUGUAAAAUGUACUAAGGGUUUACAGGCCUUGUUAGGCCUUGCUAGGCCUUGCUAGGCCUUGCUAGGCCUUGCUAGGCCUUGCUAGGCCUUGCUAGGCCUUGCUUGGCCUUGCUAGGCCUUGCUAGGCCUUGCUGGUCACAGAAGAUGUCAAGAUGUGGUAAGAACAUACAUGUAUGUACUUGGCUAUCGCCUCGUGUGCCACGUUUUUGUUCUUACCACAUUUUGACAUCAUCUGUGAUUCACUACAGAACAGAUGAACUGCAACAUGGAGUCUAUUUGUGAAACUGAUGAGUGCAAUUCAUGACUAUUAUUUUAUUGCAACAGGAUGUUUUCAAGGUGUCAUUUGACUACAAUUGACCAUAUUUUAAAAGAAAAUACUACUGAUUCAAAAAAUAUUUUAAUUUAGACUAUAUAUGCUCCACAAAAUAUGCUGAUGUAAAUACCACUCUAAAGGUUGAGAAAAAUUUAUUAUUGAUGUCAAUAUUGAUAGGCCAUAAAUCUGUUUAAUUUCUUAACAAGUGGAAGCUGGCCAAAGCCAUUUAUGUUACAUUUUUUGAUUCCUGGAGAGUUGAUUAUUGAUCAUUAUUAUGAUGUAACUGAUCAUAAAAAUUAGUUUUUUGCCUCUUUUAUCCAUGCAUGCGUCAUUGGGUAUCUGCUAGUAUCCCAGAUCUUUUCUGGCCUUAAACUCUUAAGAAAGAAACUCACUCUGAGAAAGUAUUUUUUGAUAUGCACUCUAUAUCAUUUGCAGUUAUCAGUUUUGUUUUCUCAUUCAACACUAAGUACUGUACCGCUUAAAAUUCUCUUGAUUUAUAUCAAAUUAUGUCAAACUUGGUGAUUUGAAAAUCAUACCUGGAGAGGGAAGGGAAGGCACAAAUUAUUUCCAUAACAGAUAAAAUUGUGGGGUUUUUUGUUGUUGUUUUAAUUUUCAAUAUCUUUUAACUUAAUAUGUGAAAUGCCAACUUAUGUGGAAGGCAUUAUGGCCUUAAAUGAACUGCUAUUUUGGAUUAUAGAUUGAGCAGUUUGGGUUUGAGCCCUAGGUAGGGUCAUGAGGUUGUGUUCUGGGGCAAUACACUUUACUGGCAUGGAUUCUCACUUCACCAAAAUGCUUGGGUAAAUGCUACCAGUUAAUACAGAACACUGUUUGUAGAAUAGUUUAGCAAUAGUUAAUUAAAAACUAGUUUAACCUC